CAAACCCAGCACAAACUUCCCUCAUCGAUGACCCACCUCCCCAUCUCCUCCUGCUACCGACGUGGAUCACUUGUGGGUUUAACAAGAAUCAAUGAGAUACUUUAAGUUCUUCGAGAGAGACAAAAAAAUAAAAUAGCAAAAAUCAAGCGAUCAAAUCAAAUUAUUAACCCAUAACCCACGCUGGAAUAUCUGGUUGGGGAGGUGGUCUUUUAUAAUCAGCUUGAUUCUGCUUUACGUUUUGGUGCAAUCAGGCGAGCAUAUGGUUGCGAUGGGCGUCUUCUUCUUUUUGCAGGUAUUUUACUUCUUAGAUUGGGUUAGGCAGGCACCUACUGAGUGACAGAAAGAUGUUUCAAGCCUUUUUAAGGAUCAUUGUCACCUGCGCAGUAGGCGUUGGUGUUGUUGCUUUGGUAGUCGGCACUACAUUUGGGUAUAUCCCUCCAUGGUCGUCGAUGGAGAAAGUUUGUGAUGGGUUGAGGUUUUUGUCCUUAGAAGUCAUUUUACAAAAUAGGUAAAUUUGUCUUUAAAAUUUUGAAAAUAAGGUGGGUGGGAAAAUAGGACAAGUGGGUGGAAAUAGCAGCACUCUAUAUAUAUUGUAUAAUGAUCAUAUGAAUAACAUAAGGGAAAAUCAGUUUCUACGUAUACAAACCAGUGACCACCCAUUUCCUCUAUCAUACAACAAAAUUACAAAUACAAAGGGGAAGAAAACAGAGAAGUGGUCCAAGUGGUUCUGUCUUUGUGACCUUGUGACUCUGUGUGAGUGUGUGCCUGAGAGAGAGAGAGAGAGAGGAUGAGCAUGGAGAGUUUACUGCCAUUUCUAGGAAUGGUGAUGGCGAUUCUGGCUCAAGCUGCAAAUAUGGUAGUAAACAAAGCAGCCAUGUCCAAAGGGACCAACAAAUACAUUAUGGUUGUGUAUGCCAAUGGCCUCUCCACUCUCAUUCUUCUCCCUCCAGCCCUCUUCUUCCACCACAGAUCAGGGCGCCCUCCCCUUACAUUCUCCAUACUCUGCAGAUUCUUCAUGCUUGCCCUGUUUGGAUGUUCUGCCCAGAUAUUUGGAUAUGUUGGUAUAGAAUACAGCUCUGCCACGCUUGGCACCGCCAUGCUUAACCUCAUCCCAGCAUUUACUUUCAUACUUGCCAUCAUUUUCAGGAUGGAAAAGGUGCAGUGGAGAAGCUCAAGCAGCAAAGCCAAAAUUUUGGGAACCAUAGCAUCAAUCACAGGAGCCUUUGUUGUAACAUUCUACAAAGGCCAGCCAAUCAUGCUGCUACCAUCAUCACAUCCACUCAAUCUCUUCUCAUCAAAAUCAAAUUGGGUUCUGGGAGGCCUUUUUCUUGCAGCUGACUCCUUCUUCACUUCCUUAUGGUACAUUCUGCAGGCAUCAACCCUAAAGAAGUACCCUGCAGUUGUGGUCAUAGUCUGUUUUCAAUGCUUAUUCACGACCAUUCAGUCUGCAUUAUUUACUUUAAUUGCAGUUAAAGAUGCAAAUGCUUGGGAGUUAAGGUUGGAUAUGGGGCUGAUUGCUGUUUUGUACACUGCAAUUGUUUCAAUCGUUCUCCGUUACACUAUAACCACCUGGUGUGUGUGGAAGGCUGGAGCUCUGUUUUGUUCUAUGUUUAAGCCUCUUGGAAUUAUUUUUGGUGUGAUCAUGGGUGCCAUCUUUUUGGGAGAUCCAUUCUAUUUUGGAAGUUUGGUUGGUGCACUUAUAAUUGUUACUGGGUUUUAUGCGGUGAUGUGGGGAAAGGCCAAAGAAGAGAAGCUGGUGGAAGGUGGUAGUAGUUGGGAAUCAUUAGGUCAAAAUAGAGCCCCUCUACUACAAAACAAUAUACAAGAGAAGCACAACUGCACAAGUAUCUUGUGUAAAUAACAAGGCAGGUUCUUUUUUGUUUGUGUAUAUUAUUAAAAUGGUCUAAAUGUAAUCAAAUGCGAAUAAAUUUAAUUUUUUUAAUGGUGAUUGUAAAGAUUCGAGA